AUGACGAGCACGCCAAAGAGUUGGGAUUUCAAUACACCAACACGUUAUGAACGAACGAGUGUUCCUAACGUUUACGCAACUGGCGAAGUGACUUUAUACGGUGGUAUGAUUUAUGGACUUGUCGUGCUCGGUUAUGAUAUGGAAGACUUUGGUGAUCAUACUGAACGAUUAUGCCAAACUUCACGAUCCUAUGAAAUCAAAGAAAAGAAAAAGCCAAAUUCGAGAAACGAUGGAUGUUGUUCUAUUGGUAAAGUUAAAUCAUGUACAAAUGUGGGUUCGGGUUGA